ACCCGUAAUUCUUACUGCACAGCGCCAAUCGCUUAUCCUCACACGUGCGCCUGCGCCUGCGCCUUUGUGACCGUUCGCAACCGUUCGCAACCGUUAAGAGUUGACCUGGGCAUAACCACGUUUCGAAGCUGUUUUACCCCCAGGUACCACCCUUAUCUACAUUAGACUCUCCCACCACGCGAUCCGAGACCUGACACAUCUGAAUCGUCACCGUCGACUCACUACAUUGGUCACCGCCGUCCGUUUGACUCGCUUCGAUCGGCGCUCUUUGUUUCCACCACGGCCGCCACGAUACCUCGACGACAAAGGAAGAAAUGGCCGGUGAGCCAAGUCCGAGCAGCACAAGUCCUUCGAAUCUUUCCAACAGCCCUUUCCUCCACGGCUCACUAAGCAGCUCCAACUCGUCGUCACCUCCGAAGCUGUUCUCCAAGAACACCAUGACGGCAGACGUCUUCUCAUCCUCUCACACAUACAACAUGAACGGUGCUAUUGGUGAGCGUCGGCCAACCGAGCGCAACGGCCUCUCCAUGCUUUCCUUCGGUGAUGCCGACUUGACGUCAGAUAAUAAGACUCGACACGCCAUUUUCUUGCGCAAGCUCCCUAGCAACAGUGACAAGGAGGCUGUGCGCAAUAUUCUGCUUUUCGCUAAGGACCUAGUCGACUGCGAAAUGGUCCCUCAGUCUCGAUACUCAGAGGACAAGGGCUUUGCCUCUGCUAUUGCCUACUUCCAGACCUACGAUGGCGCAAAGGAGGCGCGCGAUCUCCUCAACGGCAAGCGCAAUGCUACUAAAGACGCAACUCUGAUUGUUGAGGUGCUACAGGAUGGCCAUGGCGGCGCUAUUGGCUUGCGGCGCAACACUGUCGAUAGCGGAUCUGCGCGACAUGGAUCCAUUGCAUCCUCCACCGGGAUCGCCGGCGCGACUUCGAACGGACGUCAAUCUUCGCGAUACAAUGGGACUUUCCAAAAUAUGGAGAAGAUGUCCCCACCAAAUGGAACCCCAGGUCUUGGCAACGGAGAAUUCGGAGUCUCCAACCUGUUCUCGCCGACGUCACCGGUACAGACCUCAUUUACAAGUCGCAAUCUGGGAAAGUCGGUCAUCAAUGAUGAGGCAGACGAUGACAACGAUUUGCUCAACGAGUCCAUUGGGUACGCCACUGGAGGUCCACCUGCUCAGUCCAACAUGUCGCGCAGAGCAACAAAUCCAAAUCCAUCGAUUCCAGUGUCCCGUUUUGCAUCACUAUCGCUGAACACGAACAGCGUCAACGGCAUGAGCUCCCCACCGUCGAACAACUACGCAUCUCCACGAUCUGCAGCCACUAUGCAGUCACCUGGACCGGGCCUUUCGGCCAUGUCUCCUCAUAACGUACCGCCCGCCUUGAACAACGGGCCCAACACAGGCUUCCAGCAGUAUCCCUCGCAUUUUGCUCGACCAACGUAUCCCCCAGUUAAUCCUGCUGAUCAAAACCCACCCUGCAAUACGCUUUACGUUGGAAACCUGCCUAUGGACACCUCCGAAGACGAGCUCAAAGCUGUGUUCUCCAAGCAGCGUGGGUACAAGCGUCUGUGUUUCCGCACGAAACAGAACGGCCCCAUGUGUUUCGUCGAAUUUGAAGACACAUCGUUUGCUACCAAGGCUUUGAACGAGCUUUACGGAUAUAUGCUGCACAACAGCGUCAAGGGCGGGAUUCGACUUAGUUUCUCGAAGAACCCUCUUGGUGUUCGCAGUGGUCAGCACGCCAGCAUGGGAUCUGCAUCAUCCAUCACUCCGAGUACUCCUCUUUCCGGGUUUGGAAGCGGCGUUGGAGCCCCGCCUGGCUUCUCUACGGCCACUGGCCCACCACCUGGCUUGUCAGCCCCUCCAGGUCUAGCGAACCAGUCCCACGCAAACGGCAACAAUGGCUUUGGCAUGUACGCCAACGGCGGCUUCGGUAUGGGUCCAAAUGAAAUGUCCAGCGGCAUGCGCCAACCCAUGGCUACGGGCGGCAACGGCUUCGGAAGCAUGGGCGGAAGCUACUCCGCAUACAUGAUGGGUCGUUAGAGACGACGACGAUGACGACGCCGUCAUGAUUGAUGAGGAGUUUGGGGGUGCAUCGAUCUCAAGCAUACGUCAGACGUAUGCUGCAUAUUUGUCGCGUUAUAUCCUGUCACUUCGGUUACAUUGCGAGGUGUUGAGUUGUUUGGGUUGAAUCUGGUUUCAUUUCUCAUUUAUGCAAGGGCAUGGGUACAGGCGUGGAACUUCCUUCAGGACUAUUGCGUCCUUUGGGCAUGGACUUCCUUCCAGCAUACAGCGAUGAUUCCCCCUUGUGCGUUUGCUAAUUGGCUA